GAUAGAAUCCAGAAUGAUGUCACUUGGGAUGGUGGGGGAAGAUAAGAGACACUGUUUUUGGAGUUUCAGACAUGACAGCCAGCCUGGGCUGAAAGCCUUUUACAGGCAAGGAGACAAUGUCAACAAACUGUGACUCUCAUUUCUCCUUUCAUUCCUCCACCUUGAGUCCUCACACCCUUUCGUCUCCCAGACGCUAAUGCUUUCUCCUCAGAUGCACUUAGUGAAAAGUGCACAAAAGUGACCACAAGUAGUCAGCCUGAGAAGGCUGGGAUGUGAGGGGCCUCACCUCCUUGCCUCAAUUGAAACUCUCAGCUUCAGUAUCUUACCAGAGCUGUGGGUGGAGCUCAGGGCGUGCUUACACUGUGGCUUCUCCUCCCACAUAAGCCCUGCCCCCUCACACUUGGACAGUGGGAAGAUUAGCUUUCUUCCUCCUCCUAGUUCACUCCUCUGGCUGAUGUGCAAGGUCUUGCAGAAGCCAGGGACUUGCGUUCUGGGCUUGGCAAAGUGCUUAGGAAGACGACAGGGCUUCCUGGCUGGGAGGAGGGAGGAGAGAGGAGAGCUGAAGAUCCCCGCCUGGGCUGGCUCAGCUAAGCAAAGUGGGCAGCUCAGUACUUGAAAGAGGACUGUGCUCGCUCGCUCGCUCGCACUAGAUAUCAGUAAGUGGGUGACUGUAUGGAUUAAGGAAGGAUGAGUGUCCCUGGGUCAUGGGGUAGACUUGAAAAUGUUGCUUGGUUCUAAGGGAAACUCGCAAGGCUGCUGGUUCUGUGUGCUUUCUGUGUCUUGUGGAGACUAGAGGAUUAAGCACAAAUAUCAGAACUCCAAAUGCUUCCUCCCAUUCCUGGAAAAUGGCAACUUCCACAGAGUAGCUGUGUACAUAAUCUUCUCUCCUGGCCCCUCUUCCCUGGGAGGAUGUUACUGAGUCAGACGGUUGGGAUUAAGUGGGAAAAGUAAAAUGUAAUAUUAACCAAAAUUUCAACUUCUUACUGCGCUCUGUAAUGUGCUGACAUUGUUGUAUCUAUUAGCAGUGAAUGUCAGGAAAGUCUGAGCCAGGGGCUUACAUGGGGGAAGUUGAGCUUUUAUAACCAGGAGACAUAGUCUAUAUGUAAGAGAUUAAAUACAAAAUUUAUGUUAUAAAUAAUAGAUGGGUUUCUAAAAAUCAUUAAAGAGAGCAGCAGCCAGGAAGCAUUAAAGUGUAUGAUACAAAUUAGAAAAAGAAAAUAUCCUAUCCAUGGCUUUUUACAGUAGCCAAAAAUUUCAGGAUGUUUACAAAGUCAGAACAGUGAUUCAGGAAUACUUCAAUUAUUGUUGUACAUUAUUAAUACUGUUGCCGGGCAAGAUCUGUGGUUCUCUGGUCAGCAAGUUCUGGCAAUGAAGCCACUGCCGCUGGUGCAAAGAAUUCUGGGAUGUCUGACAGUGAAAUGGAUGGAAGGACUCACAUUCCAUCUCUACUUAAUGCCCUUUUGUCCAGAAAUCGGGUCAUGCAGAUGAGCUACUUGAAAAGUAAAGAACAAGGCUAUGGCAAGCUAAGCAGUGACGAGGACCUGGAAAUAAUUGUUGACCAGAAGCAGGGAAAAGGCUCUAGGGCUGCAGAUAAGGCUGUUGCCAUGGUGAUGAAGGAGAUACCGAGGGAGGAGUCUGCAGAAGAAAAGCCCCUCCUUACUGUGACAUCACAGCUGGUGAAUGAGCAACAAGAGAGCAGACCCCUCCUGAGCCCCUCCAUCGACGACUUCCUCUGCGAAACCAAAUCUGAGGCCAUUGCAAAACCAGUGACAUCCAACACAGCCGUGUUGACCACUGGCUUGGAUCUCCUUGACCUGAGUGAACCCGUCUCUCAAACCCAAACCAAAGCCAAGAAAUCUGAGCCCUCAUCAAAGAGCUCAUCCCUCAAGAAGAAAGCUGAUGGCUCUGACCUCAUCAGUGCAGAUGCUGAGCAGAGAGCACAGGCUCUCCGAGGGCCAGAGACAUCAUCCUUAAAUUUAGACAUUCAAACACAACUGGAAAAAUGGGAUGAUGUCAAGUUUCACGGUGACCGAACAAGCAAGGGGCAUCUCAUGGCAGAAAGGAAAUCAUGUUCUUCUAGAACCGGGUCCAAAGAGCUUCUGUGGUCCGCAGAACACAGAUCUCAGCCAGAGCUGAGUACCGGGAAAAGCGCCCUCAACUCUGAGUCGGCUUCCGAGUUGGAACUUGUGGCUCCAGCACAGGCUCGGCUGACCAAAGAGCAUCGCUGGGGAAGCGCCCUGCUCUCCAGGAACCAUUCCUUGGAAGAGGAGUUUGAAAGGGCAAAAGCAGCAGUAGAGUCGGAUACAGAGUUCUGGGAUAAGAUGCAGGCAGAAUGGGAGGAAAUGGCCCGGAGGAACUGGAUAUCCGAGAACCAGGAAGCUCAGAACCAAGUCACCGUCUCAGCCAGUGAGAAGGGAUAUUACUUUCACACUGAAAAUCCCUUCAAGGACUGGCCUGGAGCAUUUGAAGAAGGCUUAAAAAGGUUGAAGGAAGGGGACCUGCCUGUCACCAUCCUGUUCAUGGAAGCUGCAAUUCUUCAGGACCCUGGAGACGCUGAGGCAUGGCAGUUUCUUGGUAUAACCCAGGCUGAGAAUGAAAAUGAGCAGGCAGCUAUUGUCGCCCUCCAGAGGUGCCUGGAGUUGCAACCCAACAACUUGAAGGCUCUGAUGGCCUUGGCUGUAAGUUACACCAACACCAGCCACCAGCAGGAUGCUUGUGAGGCACUGAAGAACUGGAUUAAGCAAAACCCAAAAUACAAGUACCUUGUGAAGAACAAGAAAGGCUCUCCAGGCCUCACACGGCGGAUGUCUAAAUCCCCAGUUGACAGCUCUGUUCUGGAAGGAGUGAAGGAGUUGUACCUGGAAGCUGCCCACCAAAAUGGCGACAUGAUUGACCCAGACCUGCAGACAGGUCUGGGAGUUCUGUUCCACCUGAGUGGAGAGUUCAAUAGAGCAAUCGAUGCAUUUAAUGCUGCCUUAACAGUUCGGCCAGAGGAUUACUCACUAUGGAACCGUCUUGGGGCAACCUUGGCAAAUGGAGACCGCAGUGAGGAAGCUGUAGAGGCCUACACGAGAGCACUGGAGAUCCAGCCAGGUUUCAUCCGCUCCAGAUACAACCUGGGGAUCAGCUGCAUCAACCUGGGUGCCUACAGAGAAGCAGUCAGCAACUUCCUCACUGCCCUCAGCUUGCAGAGGAAGAGCAGGAACCAGCAGCAAGUCCCUCACCCUGCCAUCUCCGGGAACAUCUGGGCUGCCCUCAGGAUUGCCCUGUCGCUGAUGGACCAGCCAGAGCUCUUCCAGGCCGCCAACCUCGGUGACUUGGAUGUCCUCCUGAGAGCUUUCAAUUUGGAUCCUUGAAGGAAAAGAAGAAAAGAAUAAUAAAGGAUACUAACGUGUCUUCUGUGUUAUUAUACUAAAAAGGGACAAAACUAUUUUAUUAUGAAUUUCCAAAACAAAUUUUUUUAAAAGGAUAAAGCUGAGAGGCAAAAGGCCAUGGUCAUUUAAGCCAAGGGAAUUGAUUUCUACAGAUCCAGUCUCUGUUCAGACCCAAAAGCACAAAGCAAAGGUCGGGGUCAAGAGAAGAACUGAGAUUCUCAGGACAAACCAAGAUAAGGUAACUGCGCUCGCUUCCAAAUUACAAGUGUAUUUUGAGUUAUAUUGUCCCUGUCCCAGCUGGUGGCACAUCUGAGGGACACUCUUGGGACAUAACAUGACAAUUUGUCCACAGUCAGUGAACUCAGGCUGUCUUUGUCUACCCCUUUUGCAAGACUGAACAUAGUUUGGGCCACUGGCAAAUGUACACAUUCAGCCUGAUAAAGGCAGCCAUUGCUUCCCUCUUGCCCACUCUAACAUUGACUGUAAGCCUUUGUUUUCAGAGAGAGAGAGAGAGAGAGAGCUUUGCUGGCGAAAGCAGUUUUUGCACUAGAAGUUUUUGCUGUUCCCAAUGAAAUCCUUUCUAGGAUUGUACAUAAGCACUUUAAUAUCUUAUUUAUGCCUUGCCAGGCUUCUGGCUUGCUGCUCGAGUUUCUAACUUGGGGGGUAGGGAAGGGUGGGAUAAAAGACUUGAGAACUCAGAGUUGUUAGCUCAGUGGACCAAAUAAAAAAAGUUAUAAGAAUAGUUUUUCUUAGCAGAGGGUUUGGGAGGUGUGUUUGCAUAGAAUGUAAAUAUGUUAAAUGCAAUUUUCUUUGUGUGCUUUCUGGGAGCCCAUGGAUCUCAGUGCGAAGCAAAGUUCCCAGGGCGCUCUCCCUGCAAAAGGGAGCUUGGCGAUUCUGCAAUUUCUAAUGAGUUGUGUUAAACUUGUUUUAAUAUCCUGUUUUCCUGGCUUUCUAACUGCCUUGCACAAUGAUAUUUCCUUUAAACUGUUACUAUUUCAAAUGGUAUUUCUUAAGCGUGAUAAAUACAUUUUUCCUAAAGUCGAAGUGUUUCCUGAGUUCCAUAACAACCCCCCCGCCCUGCACACACACCCCACCCCCGCUGUCCACGUCCUUACAUUGUAAGUGACAGAAGGGUCACAUUUGUAACCCAGCAGCACAGAGCAGCAGGAAGACACAUGCAACACUCAGCAAUAGCCAGACCUUCUCCACUGGCGGAGAAAUCUAACUUAACUGUUGGCCUCCUACAGAUUUCUUCAGAUUACUUGGUGGGUGUUUGGGCGCUUAGUGGUCAUUUCAAAAGAUGCAUUCAUUAAAAAUUAGAAAAAUGUUGGCAAAACACUACAAAAUAACACUUUGCACAGCUCAAAUUUUAGUAAACUGCCCUAUUUGUCUCCCCUCUGUAGCUUUCCUGCCUCCAGAGUCUUCCCAAAAAUAGUCUGAUCCCAACACUUUCAUAUCCGUUGCUCACUGAUAACUCACUUCACUAACAAUUGUAGCUUCCAGACUUUGGGUGAAAGCAGAUAUAGACUGUGGAGUCAUCUACUAAUGAUUAAAAACGUGCCAGAGGCAGACUGGACCACUCUGUCACUGCAGAGUUCCCUGGUUUGGGAGAUGCCUGAAGUUCAUAGGUCACUACAAGCCCUUGAAACUUAGCUGUCACCUAAGCUUCUUGGCUCUUAAGGACAAGGUGAUAAGACCACUGUAGUGGCCUCAGGCUUUGCUCUUCAUGGUCAAUACUCCCUAUGGCAGAGCAGUAGCCCCAGGUUGGCAGCAGGCACUGGGAGGCAUCGGGGCAUCCACUCCUGGACACAGAAACAAGUCACACACUUUCUAGUAGUCUGAGCAGCUCAAGUGUAUUUUGAAGAACAGGAUUUUCUAGACUGCUAGAAACAAAUUGGGAAUUCCUCUUUGGGCCAGACUGCAGACAGUGGCAUUGCCUGCUGGGACAUUGCUGACAGUGGCAUUGCAGACAGUGGCAUUGCCUGCUGGGACAUUGCUGAUAGUAUAGUGAUCAUUCCUAUUUUCUUUCUCACUCCAAGUAUCACAUACUGACCAAGUGAUGUGAACCCCUCAGAGUCCCUUCCAAGCUUGUGAACCAAGGGUUCAUGACUCUUCUGCUGGUGAUAAUGCUUUUCCAGGCCUUCGGUAGCACCUGAUAUUGCCAGGAUGCUGACCCACCAUACUCUCCUCCAUGUCACUUCACAAGUACAGCCCAACUAGUACAAAUAUGAGAAGUCUGACUUUAUUUGAAUGUUGCUGAACUGUGUUGAAUAUUGUGGCCCAAGUUUAUCUUGCCAUUAGAAUAAAAAGUAACUUCAAACUCUGGGGAGUUAUUUUAGAGGACAGUUGACAAUUUUCCACUUUACCAUUAGGGAACAAUUUGUAGGACAUUUGAUGGGACUUUAUCCACUCCAUCAGUUCUAUCCAUCACAGUCCAGAUGUUGAUAGGCAGGAAGUUCAAAAGUAUUGCUAAGAGGGAAAGAAAGUUCAAAAGUAUUGCUAAGAGGGAAAUACUUUUGAACACCUGUCAGGAAGUUCAAAAGUAUUGCUAAGAGGGAAAGAGUUGCAACCCGUGGCAUUAUAAUGAUAAUAAGUAAAAACCAAUAACUGAAAAGUAAAAAUGUGUAUAAAUAGAGCCCUAGCAGACACCUAGCAGUAAGCUUCCGUGUCUUCCUUCUCUGCUUUUUUCCCCCUCUAUGCUUUUUAAAUGCAGAACUGUUAGUGCUUCUUAUGGCAAGAAAUUGCCUGUUUACUUUCGAUUUGAAACACUGAGGCAUUCUUUUGAGGCCCUGGGGAGGAGCCUGAGGAUGAUAUUUAUUCAUGUGAUGGCCACUCAGUGGCUUCCCUGGACUGACUUUGCCAGUAGAUUGGAUGAAAAUCCAGAGGAAACCAUUCAUCAUUGCUAAGUUCCGAUAGAACUUCUCUAUGCACAGAAGAGGCAGGACAGAGGGAGACUGGGGGUGUAGCUCAGUGGGUACCACGUGCCCACCACCGCAUAAACUAACCAUGGCGGUGUACACAGUAAUCCCAGCACUUGGAAAGUGCAAGGAGGAGGAUCAGGAAGUUCAGGGCAUCCUGGGCUAUAGGUGGCGCUGUUGAGAUGAAGAGUGGAGAACCUUCUAACCAGUCAGUCUCAGUGAUUCUGUGUUCUUUGCACUUCAUCCUGACACCCCUCUCAAUGACCCACCAGAAACUUUAAUAACUAACAAUGAAGUGCACUUUCUCAGCCAGUCUGAUUUCUGCCAGAAUUGGGUAGGAAUGCUCACUCUCAGAUUUCCAGGCCAUUCUCAUUGAGAGGUUGUAUUGACAAGUAGAUCAGUAUCCAUAGUCUUUUAUAGAUAAAUCCUUCUGGGAUACUCCCACCAUCCAGGCUAGACUUGACUGUGUAAUUGCAGUUCAUCUCACAUCUCCCAGACCUCUUAUCAUAGAGUUUAUCUGUGCCCUCCUGGGGGAAGCAGAGAGAAGAGGGUGCUCACUCAUCAUUUGUCUCUGAAUUGCUUCAAGUUUGAGUUGCACUUAUAUUAGUGUUGUGACGAUGGUAGGAUUUUUUUUCCCACUCUGACAUGCUUCUAGAAGCAUUCUAGAAACCGGGUAUUUGGAAGAUUUAAUUUGUGUGCCACCUUUCUGGGACCUCUGAUUUUGGAAACGAACACAGGGACAACAUCCAUGACUUCAACCUUGUAACAUAGCUUCACACUGGUUCCCUGUGCAGAGUUCCCUACCCUAUUCCUCACACUGUUUAUAGGACUGGCUGAAUUAAGCUGUUUUGAGCUAAGAAGUAGAUCCAUAUAUUUUUAAAGAGUGUUCAUAGAUCAACUCUGGCAUAAAGUUUGUACAAAGGCAAUUUUUUAAAAAAACAAAACAUAUAACCUCAGGUACAAAAAACUAUUGCAUGCACCAGUACUUAAAACCUGCCUAUGACUAUUAACCAAAGCAUGCGAGAUAACGUCACUGAAUGUAAACUGGCCCACUCACCCCAUGCAUGACUGGUGUCAUAGGCUAGCUUGUGUUUCCACACUUCUCAACAAGCAAGCACUUCCUAACCUUCUUCCAGUUUUUUUCUGUUUGCCUUUUCCAUCUUGUCUUGUAGAACGUUGGCCUGCUAUCACAUUGGCAUUAACCACUGCUCUCAGGUUGGUUCAUACACUGUGACUGCCAGUCCCCGGCCCAUCCUCUGAGGGACCCAGGCACAGACAUGUGUCCUUUAAAACCCAUUUGAGGGUCAACAGAGCUAAAGGUGUGAUAAGGCCACCCAACUGCCCAUGCGCAAGAAGCUUUGAACUUUAAAUUCUUAAUAAUGGAUUUCAAGUUUUCUUUUCAGAAAGUUUAGGGGAGAAAUAGAAAGCAUUUAGGAUUCUAAAUUAUGCGGGAAAGUUAAAGUGAUGUCACACACAUGAAGGUUGCCCUAAGCAAAGUGGACAUGGCCCUUAGUUUCCCAUCAGAAUGGUAUGUCACAGGGUAAGUGUAGAGUGCUGUUCUAUUUGCAAGGUCAAAGUCCCUCUCCCUUCAGAAACUAGAUUUGACUAACCUGACCACAAAUACUCAAAUUCAGGGGUAGAAGAUGAUUUAUAGCCAGUGGAAAUGUCAUUUCUCUGACUUUUUCUAUAUCCCCAGUUUUAUGAAAAGGUCAGGAAAGGAACAAUUCAAGUUCAGUGAGGCUGGUGCUGGGGACAGAGUUCCAGGGGGGUACAGUGCUGGCCUACCAGGCACAAAGCUCUGGGUUUGAUCCCACACAGCAUUUAAACUGGGCAUGGUGACACCCAUCUGUAAUCCCAGCAAGUGGGAGGUAGAGUCAGGAAGAUCAGGAAUCAAGGCCAUCCUUGUCCAUACAGAGGUCAAAGCCAGCCUGUGCUGUUUAAGACCCUGUCAAAAGGAAGGAAGGA